UCUACUUUUCAUGGAACUGUUCAACUAUUAGUUAAUGCUCUGCAAGUGUUUGAUAAAAUGUUUUAAAAGACCCAAGAAAAAUAAUAUGCUUCUGCAUUGAAUAUCCCUUCUUCUCUACUCAAAGUUGACCCAAGCCAUCGCUUUCAUGUCUUUGCAUUUAAAUUGCAUUUUGUACCUAACAUUUCAUAACCAUGAUAAAUUUAAAGCUUCUCUGAGUUUAACUUUCAAUAUAGGUGUACAGGAUUUAGUUUAUAGCUUGUAGAGCACACUUAUCAAUCAUUUAAUCGCGAAAACAUUUUUAUUAUGUAACCUUCCCUUUGUUGGGUAACCAACAUGUAAGGUUGUGAUUUUCCAAGUCAUGCAAUUAGCAUUUGAUUAUACCUUUUAAUCUGAAUGUUUCUAUUUCAGGGUUGGGUAACACUACAAUUGACCCGAGAUCCCACCUUUGCAAGAGGAUUCUUGUCUGCUAGAUCCGUCACUGGGUUUCUUUCAGAUGUUUAUUCUGUAGCUGCUGAUGAAGUUGGGAAAAUUUUUGUUAUUGCUGAUGAAAGGGCAGAUCUUAGCAAACCAGAGACAAUUCCUGUAACGUUGGUUGGCAUUCACACUGUUAUUGAUUGUGCCACAGGGCGCCCAGAAGAGCCUAUAAAGACGGUCAUUAAUCAUAUUUAGAGAAUGUCUUCAUCUGAUUUUGAAUCUCCGAAGAAAACAUCUAAAAAUACGCAAUCCCCUUCUUCUACUCGUGGUGUGAAAAGAAAGUGCAUUGGUGAAACAUCUAAAUGGAACAAGGUUCCUCAAUAUAUGAUAUCCCAAACAAAGCGAUUUGGAACAAAAGUACAACCUUUCAAUGAUCUCUCAGUAAUUUCUGACUUGAACACUACUUUCACUAAUAAACAGAAGGAGCUGUUUAAAGCAACACCUUUUGGACAUUUUUUAAAAUUUCUAAAGGAUCUUAAAUUUCAAGCUCAGUUAGUACAUCACAUCAUGUUGAGAGAGGUCUAUUCGAUGUCUGAAGAUGUUGAGUUUUGGUUUAAGAUAAAUGGGACUAUGGUAAGGUUCUCGAUAGAGGAAUUUUCCUUGAUUACUGUGUUGAAAUGUCAUGGUAACGAUGAUGAAACUAUCUUUGUUGAGAAGGAUGAGAGUUUGAAGAAAGUACUUUUUAAGGAAAGUAAGGGUUUGAUAACAAAAAAAGAAGUUAGGAAUGCUUUCAUUCGGAAGAGAGCAAAAGGGGAUGUGAAUAUGGUCAAACUUGGUUUGGUCUAUUUUCUUGCUAAUUUUUUGUUUGGUAUUGUUCCCGAAACCAAAGUGAGCAAUUUCUUUUGGAAUAUUGUUGAUUCAGAUGAUGCCACUUUUCAACAAUUCCCAUAUGGUAAACUUUUAUGGGAAAAAUCUCGUCAUUCAAUGAGAUUAAGUCUCAUGAAAAAAGAAGAGAUUUUUGAGAAGAUGUUUGAUGGGGAAACAGGAAAAGUUCAACUAUAUUCCUACAAGCUAUUUGGUUUUCCAUAUGCAUUUUUGAUAUGGAUAUUUGAGACUAUUCCUGCUCUUUCUCCAACUUUUUGUGAGAAGGUUUGUGAUGAUGCUCAAAGGAUUUUAUGCUGGAAAUGUACACGCAAACCGAGUUAUUCCGCAUUAAAUAAGAAAAUUUUUACCCGAAAAAAGGUAAAUUUAUUGGUUUAUUUAUUGUAGAUUUAAUUGUGGUUAUUGAAAUGUAGCUUAACUUUUGUUAGAAUUGGUUUUAUAAAUUUAUAAUACUCAUGUUAAUAAAUAUUUCUGGUUUAAAGUAACAAGAUUACUUAUUAUUUUUGUCAAAAGUAACC